GCGUGCGGGCGCUAUCCUCACCCCCCCUUUCCCCGCGGCUCGGGGAGGGGGGGGCGGCCCGCGGCCUGUGAGGGGGCGGCGCGGGGGCGGCGGGGCCUUCAUGGCCCCCUGAGGGGGUCCCCGCGGGCAGCCCGGGAACCCCCCGCUCCUCUCGGUGCGAGGGAUGGAGGAGGGGGAGCAGCAGCGCGCAGGGAGCGGCUGGGCCGAGUGGGGGCCCGGCCCGGGGGGGUCCCCGCCGUGGGUCCCCCCCCCGCCGCCCGACGGGGACGAGGAGCUCAAGCGGGGCCGCGGUGCGGAGUGGGGGGGGCCGGAGCCCCCCGGGGACGCGGGGCCCCCCCGGCCGGCGGCCGCGCCCCCCAAAGCGGCGGGGGACGAGAAGGCCGCGAGCGCCCCGCGCCCCCCCCGGGCCGGGGGCGAGCCGCGGGGUAAGGGCGGGGGGGGACCCGGCAAAGGGCCCGGGGGGCGGCCCCCGGGCGAGGAGCGGAGCCCCCGCAAGCCCCCCGAGGAGCGCGGGGCCCGCGGCGGGGAUCGGCCCGGCCCCGAGGACAAGGCCCGGCGGCCCCUCGGGGGUCCCCGCGGCGGGGCCGCCCCGGAGCAGCGCGGGGAUUGGGGGUCGCCGUGGCUGCCGGCCGAGCCGGAGCCCCCCGAGGACUUUCUGCCCCCCCCGGAGUGCCCCGUGUUCGAGCCCAGCUGGGCCGAGUUCAGCGACCCCCUGGGCUACAUCGCCAAGAUCCGCCCGAUCGCCGAGAAAAGCGGCAUCUGCAAGAUCCGACCCCCCGCCGACUGGCAGCCCCCGUUUGCUGUCGAGGUCGACAACUUCAGGUUCACUCCCCGCAUCCAGCGGCUCAAUGAGCUGGAGGCGCAGACCCGGGUGAAGCUGAACUACCUGGACCAGAUCGCCAAAUUUUGGGAGAUCCAGGGCUCCUCCCUCAAGAUCCCCAACGUGGAGCGGCGCAUCCUCGACCUCUACAGCCUCAGCAAGGUGGUAAUGGAGGAGGGGGGCUACGAGGCCAUCUGCAAGGACCGGCGGUGGGCGCGGGUGGCCCAGCGCCUGUCGUACCCGUCGGGCAAGAACAUCGGCUCGCUGCUGCGGGCGCACUACGAGCGCAUCAUCUACCCCUACGAGAUGUACCAGUCCGGGGCCAACCUGGUGCAGUGCCACACGCGGCCCUUCGAGAGCGAGGAGAAAGACCGGGAGUACAAACCCCACAGCAUCCCCCUGCGCCAGUCCGUGCAGCCCUCCAAGUUCAACAGCUACGGCCGGCGCGCCAAGCGCCUGCAGCAGGAGCCUGAGCCCACAGAGGAGGACAUCGAGAAGAACCCCGAGCUGAAGAAGCUGCAGAUUUACGGGGCCGGCCCCAAAAUGUUGGGGUUGGGGCUGGUGGCCAAGGAUAAGACCCUGCGGAAGAAAGACAAGGAGGGCCCCGAGUGUCCCCCCACAGUGGUGGUGAAGGAGGAGCCGGCGGGGGAGCCCCGGGGGUCCCCGGGGUCUCCGGGGGCGCGGGACGGGCGGGAGGAGCUGCGCCACAGCCCCGAGCCCUGCACCAAGAUGACGAUGAGGCUGCGCCGCAGCCACAGCAACAGCCAGUUCGUGGAUUCCUACAUCUGCCGGAUCUGCUCACGGGGCGACGAGGACGACAAGCUGCUGCUGUGCGAUGGCUGCGACGACAACUACCACAUCUUCUGCCUGCUGCCCCCCCUGCCCGAGAUCCCCAAGGGCAUCUGGCGCUGCCCCAAAUGCGUCAUGGCGGAGUGCAAGCGGCCCCCGGAGGCGUUUGGCUUCGAGCAGGCGACGCGGGAGUACACCCUGCAGAGCUUCGGCGAGAUGGCCGACGCCUUCAAGGCCGACUACUUCAACAUGCCCGUCCACAUGGUGCCCACGGAGCUGGUGGAGAAGGAGUUCUGGCGCCUGGUGAACAGCAUCGAGGAGGACGUGACCGUGGAGUACGGGGCCGACAUCCACUCCAAGGAGUUCGGCUCCGGCUUCCCCGUGCGCGACGGGAAACGGCGCCUGUCCCCCGAGGAGGAGGAGUACGCGGGCAGCGGCUGGAACCUGAACGUGAUGCCGGUGCUGCAGCAGUCGGUGCUGUGCCACAUCAACGCCGACAUCUCGGGCAUGAAGGUGCCCUGGCUCUACGUGGGCAUGGUGUUCUCGGCCUUCUGCUGGCACAUCGAGGACCACUGGAGCUACUCCAUCAACUACCUCCACUGGGGCGAGCCCAAGACGUGGUACGGGGUCCCGUCGUUCGCGGCCGAGCACCUGGAGGAGGUGAUGAAGAAGCUGACGCCGGAGCUGUUCGAGAGCCAGCCCGACCUCCUGCACCAGCUCGUCACCCUCAUGAACCCCAACACGCUCAUGGCCCACGGCGUCCCCGUGGUCCGGACCAACCAAUGCGCCGGCGAGUUCGUCAUCACCUUCCCCCGCGCCUACCACAGCGGCUUCAACCAGGGCUACAACUUCGCCGAGGCCGUCAACUUCUGCACGGCUGACUGGCUCCCUGCAGGCAGGCAGUGCAUCGAGCACUACCGGCGCCUGCGCCGCUACUGCGUCUUCUCGCACGAGGAGCUCAUCUGCAAGAUGGCCGCGAGCCCCGAGAAGCUGGACCUGAACCUGGCGGCCGCCGUGCACAAGGAGAUGUUCGUGCUCGUGCAGGAGGAGCGCAAGCUGCGCAAGGCCCUGCUGGAGAAGGGCAUCACGGAGGCGGAGCGCGAGGGCUUCGAGCUGCUGCCGGACGAUGAGCGCCAGUGUGACAAGUGCAAGACCACGUGUUUCCUGUCAGCCCUGGCCUGCUACGACUGUCCCCAGGGCCUCGUCUGCCUCUACCACAUGGACGACCUCUGCAAGUGCCCCCGCAGCAAGCAGUACCUCAGGUACCGCUACACCCUGGACGAGCUGCCGGCCAUGCUGCACAAGCUCAAGGUGCGCGCCGAGUCCUUCGACACCUGGGCCAACAAGGUGCGCAUCGCCCUCGAGGUGGAGGACGGCCGCAAGCGCACGCUGGAGGAGCUGCGGGCGCUGGAGUCGGAGGCGCGGGAGCGCAAGUUCCCUGAGAACGAGCUGCUGCACCGGCUCAAGGGCUGCCUGGGCCAGGCCGAGCGCUGCGUGUCCGAGGCCCUGGGGCUCAUCAGCUCCCAGGAGACCGGGGUCCCUGCGCCGGCGCUGACGGUGGAGGAGCUGCGGGCGUUCCUGGAGCAGAUGAACCAACUGCCCUGUGUCAUGCACCAGAUCGGGGAUGUGCAGGCGCUGCUGGAGCGGGUGGAGGCGUUCCAGGCGGAGGCGCGGGCGGCUCUGGACGUGCCCCCCCCGGCCCCCGGGAUGCUGCAGGAGCUGCUGGAGCGGGGGGCCCGGCUGGGCGUGGAGGUGCCCGAGGGCCGGCGGCUGGAGCGGCAGCUGGCCCAGGCCGCGUGGCUGGAGGAGGUGACGGCCACCCUGCGCUCCCCCCGCGCCCGCGUGCCCCUGCCCGUCAUGCGUGGCCUCAUCCAGGCCGGCCGCACCGUGGCCCCCAGCCCCGCCGUGGACGUGGCCAUGGCCGAGCUGCAGGAGCUGCUGACCAUUGCCCAGCGCUGGGAGGAGAAGGCCCAGAUGUGCCUCGAGGCCAGGCAGAAGCACCCCCCGGCCACGCUGGCUGCCAUCAUUAAGGAGGCCGAGAACAUCCCAGCGCUGCUGCCCAACAUCCAGGCCCUGAAGGAGGCCCUGGCCAAGGCCCGCGCCUGGAUCGCCGAUGUCGAGGAGAUCCAGAACGGUGACCACUACCCGUGCCUGGAUGACCUGGAGGGGCUGGUGGCCGUGGGCCGGGACCUGCCGGUGCGGCUGGAGGAGCUGCGGCAGCUCGAGGUGCAGGUGGGCACCGCGCACUCCUGGCGGGACAAGGCCUCCCGCACCUUCCUCAAGAAGAACUCCUGCUACACCCUGCUCGAGGUGCUGUGUCCCUGCGCCGACGCCGGCUCCGACAGCAGCAAGAGGCUCAAGUGGCGGCAGGAGCCGGGGCUGUACCGGCUGGACGCCGAGAGCUUGGGGCUGUCGGCACAGGACCUGCGGGACCCCGGCGCUGUGAUCGUGGCGUUCAAGGAGGGUGAGCAGAAGGAGAAGGAGGGGAUGCUGCGGCUCCGCCACGCCAACGCCCAGAAGGCCGCGCCGCCGCUGCCGGGCCCGGGGCCGCCGUCCUGCGUGUGCGGGCAGCCGGCGGGGCCGGGCAUGCUGCAGUGCCAGCUCUGCCGGGACUGGUUCCACGGCUCCUGCGUGGCCUGGCCCCGCCUGGGCGCCCAGAAGCCGUCGCCGGCCUGGUGGGAGUGGGACGCCAAGUUCCUGUGCCCGCUGUGCCAGCGCUCGCGGCGGCCGCGCCUCGAGACCAUCCUGGCGCUGCUGGUGGCCCUGCAGAAGCUGCCGGUGCGGCUGCCCGAGGGCGAGGCCCUGCAGUGCCUCACCGAGCGGGCCAUCACCUGGCAGGACCGCGCGCGCCAGCUCCUGGCGUCCCCCGACGUGGCCGGGCCCCUGGAGCGCCUGGCGGCCCUGCGGCACCGGCUGCACGGGGACAGCGACGGCGCCCUGCGCGAGGCCAGCCGCAACGAGCAGACCAAGGUGUCGGUGGAGAACGGGGAUGCCCCCAGCCCGGAGAAGAACGGGCCCCUGCCCUCAGAGCUGGAGGCGCUGAGCGCGGCGCUGCCGCGGCUGCAGGGGCCGGUGCUGGAGUUGUCCGAGGGGACGCGGCGGCCGCUGGAGGAGCUGAUGAUGGAGGGGGACCUGCUGGAGGUGACGCUGGACGAGGCCCAGAGCAUCUGGCGGCUGCUGCAGGCCACGCGCCCGCCCCCGCUGGCCCUGUUCCGCCUGCUGCUCGAGCUGGAGCAGGCGGAGCGUCGGGGGGCUCGCGCCCGUGGCCGGGACCCCGAAAAGCGCCGGAAGCGCCGGGCAGAGCGGGGGGACCUCCCCCCCCUGGCCAAGGAGGAGCUGGAGCCAAAGAGGAGUCGGGGGCCCGAGGGGGGCGACCCCCGGGACAGCCCCACACCCGGCCCCCAGGCCCCGGGGGACUCGUGACGCGGAGCCCCCAGCUCGGAUGGACGCGCCUGACGGCGGUGGGGAUGGACUGGGGGGGCCACGCCGGGCCCCCUCCCCA